AUGGAGAGCGAUGAGAACCCUAGGGCGACGGCGGGAUCUGGUGUGCAGGAUGCUACAAUGCUGGACGUCGGGGAGAAGGGGCGUCCUCCGGGAGAGCCGCCGGAUGACAUGAGAUCGUGGGUGGAUAGGGUUAAUGGCGGUUCAGUUGGAGUCUUGAGUCGCAAGCUACGAGAGUUGUGGAAACCAAAGGGGGAGAUGUACGUAAUGGAUCUCCCACGUCAAUUCUUCAUGGUCCGCUUUACACAGGAGGAUGAGUACAUGGGGGCUCUUACUGGUGGUCCAUGGAGAGUCUUUGGUAACUAUUUGAUGGUGCAAAAUUGGACGCUGGCUUUUGACCCAUUGAAGGAUGAAAUCGUAACUACGCCAGUCUGGGUGCGAUUGUUGAAUAUUCCGGUGUCAUUUUAUCAUCAGUCUAUCCUUAUGGGUAUUGCGUCCAGUCUAGGGAAACCGUUGAAAGUGGAUACGACAACGCUGAACUUCUCACGGGCUCGAUUUGCCAGGGUUUGUGUUGAAGUCAACUUGUCGAGACCUUUGAAGGGUACGGUUCUGAUUAAUGGGGAACAAUAUUUUGUUGCAUAUGAAGGGUUGGAUAGAAUUUGUUCAUCAUGUGGACUCUACGGGCAUUUCGUUCAUAGUUGUCCGACGAGGGAGACAGAAGAGGCUCUCAAUAUUUCUGACAAGCCAGUGAUGUCAGCUGUAGGAGAUGCGCGGCAACAACGACAAACUCCUCCAGGGACGCAUGAGGAGGGCUUUACUACCGUCAGCCAGUCUAGACGACCUCCGGCCAGGAAACCGGCGGAGACAGCUAAUGUGGUGAUUUCUCUCGAUGGUGUGUUGGAACGUAAUCUUCGGGAUAUUACGGGUAAUCCGGGAUUGCAAACAUCGAAUCGUUUCCAGAAUCUGAUCACCGAUACGGGAUCCACUGAGAUACGGGAAGGUACCAUGUCCAAUGCGACGAAUAAGGAAAAUGAGUCAGCUCCUCAUAAUCUAUAUCUGGAAGGUAGUGGAGGGCCAGCGCGGUCAGAAGGCAAAGUGGGCGGGGGGUGUUAA